AUGAGCUGCAGUUUGAGGAGUGAUGUUCUCGAGCAGGACCUCAACCUCUUUUGUGCCAUGGCCCCUUUUGACCGUCUGGCAGAGACAUUUGUUUGGGUUAACAGUGCAUCAGCACAUUCCCAGAGUGUUGCUAAAGCCAAAUAUGAAUUUUUAUUUGGCAGACCUGAAGAGAAAACUCCAGAUACUAGUGAUCAUGGAGGAAGCACUUUACUCCCACCGAAUGUCACAAAUGAAUUUCCAGAAUAUGGGACCAUGGAGGACGGAGGAGAAGGCUUGACAGAUUCACUGGAGUUUGAUGUAGAGUCUCUGCCAUGCCACCCACAAGGGCAGCAGGCAGUCCAGCUUCUUGCUGGCCACCACUCUGGGCUCAACAGUGUUUCAGAAGGACCAAAAGAUGUCAGAGAGGCCCCCUGUCAAAGUCACCUCAAGGAACAAAGUUUACAACCCAUUGACUCUUUGAUUUCAGCUUUGAAAGCCACAGAAACCAGAAUAGCUUCAGGAACAUUACAGGCUACAAAGGUACAAGACAAAGAUGCUGUUUCUAGUUUUUCAGUUCAGCAGGUGGAAAAAGAGCUGGACACUGCCAGCCAUAAAACACACAGAACCAACAAACUGUUCCCUGCUGGCCAAGAAAAGUCACCGGAUAUACCUCUUUCAGCUGAAGUAACAAGUGAGGAAAACUUUUAUUUGAGCAUCCAGAAGGAUCUGACCGCACUGUUAACUGGAGAAAAUCAGGCAGAGCUUUCCCAGAUAACUAGAAAGGGGAGAAAAGGAGCUCUCUGUACACAGGAGCCAGCUUGUCCUGUGUCCUCCUCCCUGGGAAGCCUAGCAGUGACCCACAUCUCUGCGAGCAGGGUUGGUUUUGUCAAAGAGCAGAGGUCUGCUCUCGGGACAGAACACCCAGGGGGAUGUGAUCAAGGCAGUGCCAUGGGACACCCAGGCCGGAUCAAACAUGUAGAAUUUCAAGGUGUAGAGAUAUUGUGGACAGGAAGAGACAAGAGAGAGACCAAACAUUCUGUAGAUUUUGAGACAUCACUGGAAAGAACAGUUUCUCCUGACAGCAAAGAGUUUUCCAAAGUGCCAAGCCAUCUCAUCUCAUCUGCAAAUAGUUUAACUCAGAGUGUUUGGGAUGAAACCUGGAAAGCUCCUUCAGAGAGGCCUGGCACUAGCUUGGGGACAUUUUCCCCUCUGCAUCUUGUUGAGAGUGGAGAGGAUGAAGUAUUCCUGAGGGAAAACAAACAACAUCUUGAAAAGAAACAUGAACUAGACAGAGACAAGGAAAGUAUCCUUGAGGAACAGGAGCAUACUGGGGGAGGAGACGAUGAUAUCCUUGGGCCCGGGUGUACGGAGGACUCCACUGACGUGUACAGCUCCCAGUUUGAGACCAUUUUGGACAACACUUCUUUAUACUACAGUGCAGAGUCGUUGGAGACAUUAUACUCAGAGCCUGAUAGCUAUUUUAGCUUUGAAAUGCCCCUCACUCCAAUGAUACAGCAGCGCAUUAAAGAAGGUGGUCAGUUCUUGGAGAGGACGUCAGCGGGGGGACAUCAAGAUGUCCUGAGUGUCUGCGCAGAUGGUGGAAUAGUGAUGGGCUCUUCUAGUUGGAUCGCCAACGGGCUGAACGAUGCCAGCGACUCCAUCUACGCCAAAGGCACCCCGGAGAUUGCCUUCUGGGGAAGCAAUGCUGAGGUGAAAAAAACACGGCUAGAGGCUCAUUCUGGAAUGGGGAACACUGAAAUUCUGGAAAAGGAGACUUCAGAAGGACUCAGUAAUGGCACCAGCAGUAAUGUGGAAGCAGCCAAAAGGCUGGCCAAACGCCUUUAUCAACUGGACAGAUUCAAAAGAUCAGAUGUCGCAAAACAUCUAGGCAAGAACAAUGAAUUUAGCAAACUAGUUGCGGAAGAAUAUCUGAAGUUUUUUGAUUUUACGGGAAUGACACUGGAUCAGUCUCUCAGGUAUUUCUUCAAAGCAUUUUCUCUUGUGGGAGAAACUCAAGAAAGAGAAAGAGUUUUGAUACACUUUUCCAACAGAUACUUCUAUUGUAACCCAGAUACCAUUGCUUCACAGGAUGGAGUCCAUUGCCUUACCUGUGCAAUGAUGCUGCUUAACACUGAUCUGCAUGGCCAUAAUAUUGGGAAGAAGAUGACCUGCCAGGAGUUCAUUGCAAAUCUCCAAGGAGUAAAUGAGGGUGUUGAUUUCUCCAAGGAUCUGCUGAAAGUAAGCAUUGAACUACUG